AUGUCGGCGUACAAUCCCUUUGCUCGUCGGGAGCAGCACCCUGUCAGUGCUCUGAAUACUUACCGAGUCCUUGUGCCAGUCACUUGGGCCUUGGUGGUGAUAGUCGGCAUUUACUACUCCAUUCACGCCCCCGAAGACACCAAGGGUAGCAAGAAGCUCUGGAAGAAUGCCGAAAAGCACAACACACCUUUCAGUCAGAGCACAAUCGUUACUGGAAUCUAUUGGAUUCUUCUGCUUCUCUCUCAGCUGAGCUACGUCUACCACUUGUUCUCCAAGGAGGCUACUCUUGUGGUGGCCGCGGCCAAUGUUGCGACCCACUUCAUCUUGAACAACCUGUUCGUCUUUGCCUGGAUCCUCCUGUGGACUCGAAACCACUUCUGGGGUGCCGAAGUCAUUUUGGCGGCCCACUUUAUCAAUCAGACCAUCACCUACUGGCGCCACCGUGGGCUUCCUGCCUUUGUCCAUCUACCUGCUGUUGCAGGUCCCUAUGCUUGGACACUCACUGCCCUCUUCUGGAAUGGCGCGGUCGCUGUGCACAGUCACAACCUACCUGGCCGAAUUGUGGCCAACAUCUUCAUCUGGGUGAUCAUGCUUGUGGGUCUCUUCCACAUUGUGGUGCAGGAAGACUACAUCUUUGGACAUUGCCUGAGUUUCCUCAUGCUGUCGCUGGCACUCCGUCAGUUUGCGGUCAAGAUCAUUGCCCUCCAGUGGAUCUUCGCCUUUGUCAUUUUCGGUGUCCUUCUAGUCUCCUCAUUCUACGUGUCCACCACGAAAUACUAUGGACGUGACACUCUUUUCCGGAGUGUGGCCCACCCCGAAUCGACCGACCGUGAGCGCCAGCCUCUGCUUAAUGAGCAGGCCUAA